AUGCCUCGUUUGAGUAGUGCACGUGGUGAUGUCGAUCGCGUUUUACAGAGAUUCAAAUUUUUGAAGAAAGGAUUCGUGCAGUUUCAAAAAGCAUUAAGCAAAAUAGAUCGUACUAGCCCGCGCGAUAUAAUGAAAUUAAAGAUUAGAAUUUCCAAAAUCGAUAAGGAUUUAGCAAAAUUAGAGGAGAUGGAAGAGAAUCAGUUAGGCGAUUCGUACGCGAGUGCGUUGCGAGGAUCUCACGCGUUGCGAAGAUUACACGCGUUAAAGCGGUUAUUGUCGGGCGAGCCGGAAAUUAUAAAUGAAUACAUUAAAUUCUUAUGCGAAUAUGAAGAACUAGGUCACAUGACAAGGAUAGAAGGGGGACCCCACGAAGAUAGAUUUUAUAUACCGCAUCAUGCUGUAAUAAAGCAUAUUAGUCUUACGACCAAAUUGCGAGUAGUGUUCGACGCGUCGGAAAAAACCGGCAACGGAAAAUCUUGGAAUAACGUACUAAUGGUUGGUCCAACCAUACAGGAUGAUCUGUUUACACUCUUAGUAAGAUUUAGUUCACGCGCUAUCGCUAUUACCGCGGACAUCGCGAAGAUGUAUCAGAAGAUAAUAAUGGACCCGCGCGAUCGCAAAUACCAAACUAUACUUUGGCGUCGGCAGGAAAGUGAGCCCGUCAAAGCAUAUAAAUUAAAUACAGUAACUUAUGGAACCGCCUGUGCGACGUUCUUAGCAUCGCGUAUUUUACAUCAACUCGGGAGCGUUGAAGUUCACCGAUUCCCGAGAGCUGGCAUCGUUCUUAAAGAGGAUUUCUAUGUAGACGACCUGUUAACCGGAGCGCGUACAGUUAGGGAAGCAAAGCGAGUCCGCGACGAAUUAAUAAGGAUAACCGCAGAGGCAGGCAUGCAUUUUCAGCAAUAG